GUCGCACUUGCCUUCCACAAUUUUCGAAUUCGGAAAUUUCGAACCUCAUCAUCCUCUACUAACUUCACAGCAGGCCAGGUCAAGUAAACUUGCACCCACCACAACUGGCAAAAUGAAGUUGAACAUCAGCUACCCUGCCAAUGGCAGCCAGAAGCUCAUCGAUAUUGAGGAUGAGCGCAAGCUCCGUGUCUUCAUGGAGAAGCGCAUGGGCGCUGAGGUUCCUGGUGACUCCAUCGGCGAUGAGUUCAAGGGCUACAUCUUCCGCAUCACCGGUGGAAACGACAAGCAGGGUUUCCCUAUGAAGCAGGGUGUCAUGCACCCUACCCGUGUCCGCCUCCUCCUUUCCGAGGGCCACUCUUGCUACCGACCCCGACGCACCGGUGAGCGCAAGCGAAAGUCUGUCCGUGGCUGCAUUGUCGGCAUGGAUCUCUCUGUCCUCGCCCUCAGCAUCGUCAAGCAGGGUGAUGCUGACAUCCCCGGCCUCACCGACGUCGUCCACCCUAAGCGCCUCGGUCCCAAGCGCGCCACCAAGAUCCGCAAGUUCUUCGGCCUCACCAAGGAUGACGAUGUCCGCAAGUACGUUAUCCGACGAGAGGUUCAGCCCAAGGGUGAGGGCAAGUCUCCUUACACCAAGGCUCCCCGCAUCCAGAGACUCGUCACCCCUCAGCGUCUCCAGCACAAGCGUCACCGCGCUGCCCUCAAGCGCCGCCAGGCCGAGAAGGUCAAGGACGAGGCCAACGAGUACGCCCAGGUCCUUGCCAAGCGUGUUGCUGAGGCCAAGGCCAACAAGGCCGAUGCCCGUAAGCGACGAGCAAGCUCUAUGCGCAAGUAAGGUUCUGGCGUUUAAUGAAAAAAAAAGUGGAAUCAUACCUUGGACUUGUGGUUUGCAUGCAUUGGGAGUGAGGAUUCUCUAUAGGGCUUGUUUUGAGCCAGCCACGACUGCGUUAGAGACAUUUCGAAAAUAUGAACAUGCAUUAAUGCACUCGUAA